UUUAUAAUUGUGCGCAAGUGAUUUAAGAAUUGUAAAUAUAUUUUGUAAAGAGCAGAGAGUUGUUAUUGUAGUUUCUUUCAAUUAAAGUACAUAGUCCAAUUUUGUGUGGUACAUAAUUGCAGCGAUACGUAAAUAGUUUUAAUUUACAAUGCAACGCAACGCCUAUUUACUAUGCAGAAAGGUAGCUGUUCCUUUGAUGCGAGCACGUCAAAUGUCCGUUGGACAUGGGUUAACUACAGUAGAAGUUGAUGAUAAAUCGGGUAUUGCUAUUUUAACUAUGAAUAGGCCACCGGUUAAUGGCUUAAACUUGGAGUUAUUGCAGGAUAUUAAAACUUCUAUCGAUACUAUUGAAUCUAACAAAUCUCGUGGAUUAAUACUAACAUCGUCAUCGAAUAGUAUUUUCUCAGCUGGCCUGGAUAUAAUGGAAAUGUACAAACCUGACAAAGAUCGUGUGCGGAAAUUUUGGAUAGCUCUACAAGACACUUGGUUAUCAUUGUAUGGAUCUGGAAUACCGACUGCAGCUGCAAUUAAUGGACAUUCUCCAGCUGGUGGCUGUUUGCUAGCGACGGCUUGCGAAUUCCGUACUAUGUUACCAAAUUUCACAAUAGGUUUAAAUGAAACCAAAUUAGGAAUUGUUGCACCUAAAUGGUUUAUGGCCACAUUUUUAAACGUUUUACCGGUCCGACAGGCUGAGAUGGCAUUAACACAAGGAAAAAUGUUUACCACUGAUGAGGCUUUACGAGUUGGCCUUAUCGAUUCUGUUACUGAAAACAAAUCUGCAGCUAUUUUUGAAUGCCAAAAAUUUAUACAAACUUUUGAAAAGGUCAAUCCAUUUGCCAGAUCUUUGACAAAACAACAGUUUAGACAAAAAGAUUUGCAGCAAUUUGAAGAUGAACGCGACAACGAUUUGGAAGCUUUUCUUUUUUUCAUUAAUCAGCCAAGUGUACAAAAAGGAUUGGGUAUCUACAUAGAAAGUCUCAAGAAAAAGGCUAAGCAAUAAAUGUUGUCGCGUAUGCAAACAAUAUAAGGUGAACUGAGACUAAACCUAUGGCGCUUGGUUUAGUGAAGACAAUACUAGGAAAAAAAUGUAUAACUCAAUAUUUUAAUACAAUUUUUUUAAAACAAA